AUGAUUUUGUUGGAAGAACAAUUGAAUAAGGAUGACGGGGUUUUGCGACGGCAGUUCGUUCAGUACUUGGAAUGCCCUUCGAGUGUUGAAAAUAUGUGUAAGAAUACAUUGUAUGUUUAUACGUCUACCGUUAAAAAAGUAAUUAAAGAAGAAAUCGAAGUAGACGAAGAACUUUCGGAGCUUGAAAUACAAUCGAUGAAGGAAUUCGAUGAGAAACGAGGUAAGAAAAAACAUCAAGAUAAAAAGAAAAAGAAAAAACAUGCUCAAGCAGAUGACACUAUUGCGAGUGUUGAAUCUCCAGCGACCGAUUCCGAUAAAGAUUCUGAUGAUGGCAAAUCUAGGGAUGGCUACUCUAGUCCGGACACUGCUAUACAGAUGUCAGUCGGCGAUGGAAUGAAAAAAAAUUCUGAAAAGAUGUACAAACGAGUUAAAGUCGUCCAGGAAAAAUCCAUUACCUUACCAGAGAUCCACGUUAAUUUCGGUCUCAUACCGAUCACCACUAAAUUAGAUAUUACAUAUUUGUACUUCAUAAAAAAUACCAUUUCCGCUAUCCCGGUUUACGACGCACCGGAAGAAGCCGACUAUUAUAUGCCAAGCAAGUUUUUAGUUGGAAACAAAUCAGGCUCUUUAAUACGGUCAAUGACCAAAGAACUCGAGACCAUUUGGAUACCGUCGAUCGAGAGACUAUUAAUCGAUCCUUUUUCACAUGACUGCUGGACUACUCGCACAGAGCAAAAUACAGUUCUGAAGUUAAGAUCGAACAGCGUCCCGUCUACAUUUGUGAGAAUUACUCGUGAGAUUAAAUCACAUCACGACUACGAAAUGCUUGUAGAUGAGCGCCCGGCGGACUUCGAGCAACGAUCUAAUUUUGUUGAUUUAGAUAAAGUAAUUACGUUCAGUGAAUUAUUCAUGCUACAGCCUUUACCUAAUCAUAACACCGACGACCCACGUUCAUUUGAACCAUUGAAACAACAUUUUUUAACAGAAUUAAGAGAUUUAUUGAAUAAAAUUAAAUGGUGA